AUGGGUAGAUGGCGUGUGGCAGGGCAGGGGGUUAUGCUCAAAGGAGUAAUAGCAACAGCAGCACCACAGCAAUACACAACCCAACCACCACCCUCUACGAUGAUUCCCGCAAACCACUCGCACGCGCCGUGGAGAAAGGCCAUCCUGAUCCCUUUCUGGGUAUGCCAGUUGGGUCUGGAGUUGAUAAUGAUCGCGCUGCUGGCGCUGGCCAUUGGUGUUCUGGGUAGCUACGAUGACAACGAUCAUUACAACUCCUACACGUCAUGGAAAAUAAUUGGUCCAAUUUGGCUGUCCCUGAUCUCGACAUGUCUCAUUCUCACUCUCACGGAAAUCGUCCUCCUCGCGCGAAAGAAGUUGAAGCCGCUGACUUUUCUCAUUACGAACGUCCUGAAGUCCGCCAUCUUUGCGGCCCUCUUCGUAAUCGAUAUCAUCUCUGCAGUUAACAAUGCCUCUUCACGCACAGCUUCUGCAGUGGCGCUGGUCAUCGAGGCGGCUCUCCUUCUCUCCUUCUGGCUACCUCUUGCCUACGCGUCCAUCAUCUAUCACCGAUUCCGCACGGGCACGCAGUACAAGUCCAUCAACAACCCACUCGCAAACCCGGGCGUAGGAACGGGCACUGAGUUCCAGCAAUACCCGCAGCAAAGCUCCAAUCAUCUGCCAGAGCCCUAUAAAGGAUUCACGCAAGGAACCCCGAGCAGUCUCGAGGCUGCGCAGCCAGCAUUGGGCGGAGGUGGGAGACUGAGUUAUAACCACGCGAGAGAUCCUCGAUUUGAGGAGUUCAGACGGUCUUCACGGAGUGAUUUGGGCGUCACUGAAGGUGCACCAGUGCCGCUGCAGGUAGCUGUAGAGCAGCAUGAUGGGCAUGUAUUAGAGAUGGAGACCAUGAAUUUGCAAAGGCCUUUUGCAUGCGGUACUGGGGAUUUGGAGUUCGAUCCGGUGUUUAUAUUCAGAACUCUGGCUCUAUCGAGGCUUCGUAUUGCAUAUCUCAAUCCUGGCUUCUUCCACGUGGUUGGUUUGCCUCCUCCGCAGCACCAAGGGUUUUUAAUCUGCCGCGCACAGCACAGUCCAAGUAUCCGGGCCCCUUGGCACCGAGCGGACCUCGUUCCAGUAGCUCGGGCUGUGGGACUGCGGGGGGAUGUUGGGUGGGCAGUAGGCAUACCGAGACUACCUCUGAGUUUUGAUCUUGGCCCUUCUCCUGCUCUCGCUAAGGGUUUAUUUUUGUUGACUCUCUUCUUCGUCCCCAGGAGCUCUAGCGAGCUCGGCUACGGUAGGGAACGGAGCGUACUUGGAAGACUAUCUACGGAUACGAGACUUACCCGUCGCACUUCUCGGAGUUCAAAAGGACGAAAGAGAAUCCGCGGUACUCAAGUACCAGUGUACCUACGUUUCCACGUGUCGCGUCACGUUGUAUUGGCCUUGGCCCUCCAGGCUCCCAACCGUCAGGCUCCAAGUCCAAGCUUCCCCAAGUUCCAACAGCCAGCAAAGUUGAACGACAGACCCAAGCUCCCAUCAGUGCAGAAUACCGGUUAUACUACUAUCUACCGGUAUCACCAACAACCACCAGAUCAUCAUGAUGGCAGGAAGAACCCGGCAGAAAUCUCGUACGGAAGCUCAUCCUUCGGAAUCCUACCGCGACCGCCAGCAUGCAUUCCCCCGUCUCCUGCAUAUGCAACCGCACAAACACCUCUCACCAUGAAUCUUGGAAGUUUAGACGUUCAUCUGGUACAAUAUGGCCGCCCUGAAAUACAACGAGUUGGUUCCUUUGAACGCCGGAAUAUUACUUCUCUGGAUGUCCGACUCGAGGCCGACCGCUCUCCCUCUCUCACGUCGACGGUCUCAUCCUCGUCCUACCCGGGCACGGUAAUCCGGUGGCAGACUCCUCCCUCACGGCCAUUCACGCCCCAGCAAAGCAGUGAAGAUUCCUUCCACAGCCAAGACCCCCUCCAGAGCGAAGCAACCGCUCGACCAGAGAGAUAUCGCAAUUCCGUUGGGGCCAAUGACGUGGCAUUUGCAUCCGACAGCCCUCUAGUUACGUGCUUCGACGACGAGCAGAUUCGGAGCAGCGAGGCCGAGCGCGACGGCAAGGCGACCCGGCGGGAAGGGAACAUGGAUGCAUUGUUUAGGGAAUCGAGCCCCCCAACGCCAGUUGACGAUACUCCAUACAUACGCUUCGCCAUCGACCAGUUAACUCGGGAUGAAGAUGUGCGGCCGCUCCAGAGGCACUCCACGCCUGCAAGUUACGGAUCCGAGUGCUAUCCCGUGGAGAGGAUAGUAGCGAAUGAUGGGUUGACAUAUAUGACGGCGGACCAGGAGAGGGAGGCUAUGAGGCUGGUGAGAAAACACCGGUCUUCUCCUGCUGAAGGAAGAUUGUUUGCCUUCAACGCGACACGUCCUCUCUCCUACUCCGAGCAACCAGGCGACCUCAACUUUCCAGCUCCUCGACGGUCUUCCAAUCCCGAAAUCUUCAUCCCUGUCGACUUACCACCUAAUAGUUUGGCACGCGACCUCACGUUUGUUCCCACGAUUUUACGACCGCUUUCGAUUAUCACGCUGUCAUGUUUAUGCCUCUUAAUGAUUGCAGCGUUAAUGUUUUGCGCCAUCUACCCAACACGUCACGAUAGCCUUACCGAGUGGAUUGGUGAUAUAUAUGGCAGCCGAUAUUACGUCUUUUCUUUUUUGCCGCAAAUAUUGGCGGCAUGCUUGUUUCUAUAUGUGCAAUGUCUAAUGGCCGCUAUCACGAGAAUGAUACCCUUUACGCUCAUGGCUAUGGACGAUGUUGGAAGUCGAACGGGUGCACUUUUCCUCGGGAUCUUUCCCCGAUCGAUGUUGUGGCCUCGAUGGGACGGCCCUUUCAGCAUCAAGGUGGCGAGCUUGUUUCUCUGGGUUUCUGUUUUCACGAUACCAUUGCAAGGAUGCUUAUUUUCGGCCAUUUUUGUGGACGGCCAGUGGAGAUGGACGACAGUUCAGGGCGUCGCUUGGACCUUGGUCGCCAUCUACCUGCUAAUUCUGGUGGCGGCGAUUGUCACAGGAGCGUUCUUCUUCAGGAGAACAACAGGAUUGAUGUGGGAUCCUCGAUCACUGGCGGACGUAAUCGCGUUGCUUCCGAGUAGCAACUGUUUGAGAGAUUACCCUGGGACGGAUGUGAUGAAGAACAGAGAGGAAAUCCGGCUGAAGUUGAAGCAGCGGAGCGAUCGGCUGGGAUACUGGAGAACGCCCAACAAGGGUCGUGGAAUCUUCUACUGCGUUGGUGAAGAGGGUGCCUCAAUUAGAGAGUUUGACUCGCAAGCUGGGAAGCUUGUCGAGAGGACCCGGGCGGAGUUGGACAUCGAGAAUGCCGAGCUCUACAACAUCCAUACUCGCUUCCGACACAUCCCCUGGUUCUUGCGAAACACCUUUGUUACCCUCUGGGUUGUGGCAGCUUGCGUCUCUCUCGUGGCGCUAUUCGUAGUGUCAUUUUUGCCUUCGACUGCCAUCCGGAAAGGAUUCGCGCCACGCGUGCCUGUGUUACCCAACUCGGCUGGCUUCUCGCCGUCCAACUUCCUCUACAGCUUCGUACCUUCGACCAUCGGUAUGUUUCUCUACCUAGUCUUUCAGCCCGUCGACAUGGCACUGCGCAAGUUGCAACCUUGGGCCGAGCUGGGCAAGCCGGCAGGUGCGAACGCUCAGAACUCUUUGCUGCUCGACUACCCUGCUUGUCUUCCCCUCUCAUGCAGCAUGAAGGCCCUCAUCAAUGGACAUUACCGGAUAGCGAUAACGUCGUUCUUGUCGGUACUCUUCAUCUUGAUUCCGGUCCUGGCAGGAGGGAUCUUCUUCCCGCUCACCACGCCCGCCAAUGUCGUCCGCAUGAUCCCGAAUCUGCCGUCCUUCUACAUCAUGCUCGUACUGCUCGUCCUCUACCUCUUGGCGCUUCUGCUUCUCAUCCCUCACCGAUACUAUAUGCGUCUGCCACACGGCGUCGACUGUCUCGCCGAGAUUUUCAGCUUCCUGUAUGGCAGCCAGAUCCUCACCGACGCGGCGUUUCAGAAGCCGAAGUCCAGGGCGGAUCUAGAGACGCGGUUGACAGGCGCUCGGAACGGAUGGUCACCCAGUGCUCGGAUCCAUCGAAACCGAUUUGCAUUUGGCAUCUACCAAGGACGGGCCGGUGGCGAAUGCUUGGGCAUCGAGAGACUGGGGCGCAGAGGAACUCAAGAGAUGGUGAUAAUGAAUCCGAGGUAG